GAAAUUUAUUCUUUAUGUGCCGUUGGGAGCAGCAGCAACAUGGCAGAUGACAAGGACAUAUUGAGAGACGUGUGGUUUGGCCGGAUACCCACCUGCUUCACACUGAACCUGGAUGAGGGCACUGAAAGGGAGGCAGAGCCCUACUAUCUGCUGUUGCCCAGGGUAAGCUACCUGCCUCUGGUUACAGACAAAGUAAAAAAGCACUUCCUUAAAGUGAUGAGGACAGAUGACGUGGAGGAGAUGUGGUUCGAGUAUGAAGGAACACCCCUGAAAUGGCACUACCCUAUUGGAGUUCUGUUCGACCUCCAUGCCUCUAACACUGUCUUACCGUGGAGCAUUACUGUGCACUUUAAGAAUUUUCCAGAUCAUGAUCUACUCCACUGCUCGUCCAACUCUGUGAUAGAGGCCCACUUCAUGUCCAGCAUCAAGGAGGCAGAUGCUCUAAAGCACAAAAGUCAAGUUGUCAACGACAUGCAGAAGAAAGACCACAAGCAGCUUUGGAUGGGCCUGCAGAACGAUAAGUUCGACCAAUUCUGGGCCAUGAACAGGAAGCUGAUGGAGUAUCCCACUGAGGAGGGAGGCUUUAGGUACAUCCCAUUCAGAAUAUACCAGACAAUGAGUGACAGGCCAUUCAUCCAGAAACUGUUUCGCCCCAUUUCAUCUGAAGGCAGCACACACACGCUGGGCGACCUGCUGAAGGAGAUGUACCCCGAUGCGCUUACGAAUGACGUUGCUUUUAGUGAAAAGAACCAGAAGUAG